AAGUAAACCUCAGGUGCUCGACUUUAAGAACUCAAAACUAUCUUUUUUCUUUAUAUUACUAGCAUUCAGCAUAAACUCUCCCUCCCCAUCUUUGCUCCUUCGAUCAUAAAAAGGAAAAAAGCAGAUUAAAAGAUGAAUCGUCUUGCAACAUUAUCAGAAGAGCCCUUAAACGAAGAAGAUUCAGCUGCAAAUUGCUCAAAGAAGGCGCUGACAUGGCGAAACUGGCUCAAGAAUCAUUUCCCUCUUCUUUUCAACAAGAAAUCUGACCUCAAGAUUCUUUUAAGCGUUCUGGGUUGCCCUCUUUUUCCUGUUUCUGUUAAUCCAGAACAGCCCUUUACUGAAGUAUCUUCUUCUGCACAAUACAUAAUACAACACUUCACAGCUGCAACUGGCUGCCGGAAGCUAGAGGGAGUCAUAAAGAACAUGUACGCCACCGGAAAAAUUACGAUGGUGAUGGUUGACGAGACCAGCAAGCCCGGUAGGCCUAAUGGCAUGUCACAGAAGGGUUGCUUUGUGAUGUGGCAAAUGGUUCCUAAUAAGUGGUUAAUUGAACUAGUUGUGGGUGGUCAUAAAGUUGCUGGAGGUAGUGAUGGCAAUGUGGCUUGGAGGCACACUCCUUGGCUAGGUGCUCAUGCAGCUAAAGGCGGUGUCCGUCCUCUUCGUCGUGCAAUUCAGGGAUUGGAUCCGGUGACUAUAUCAGCUGUGUUCUCUACAGCGCAAUACAUGGGAGAAAAGCGAAUAUACGGCCUUGACUGCUUUGUGUUAAAAUUAUCAGCUGAUCAUACGGACCUAGUGGACCGCAGUGACAACACAGCAGAGAUGAUCAAGCACGUCAUGUUUGGUUACUUCAGUCAAAGAAGUGGAUUGCUGGUGUAUUUAGAGGACUCAUACUUAACCAGAAUUCAGUCACCCGGUUCUCGCCCCAUGUACUGGGAAACAUCAAUGGGUACAAAAGUGGAGGACUAUCGGAGUGUAGAGGGCACAAUGAUCGCUCAUUCUGGUCAAUCCAACGUUAUCAUCACACAGUUCGGAGACAAUUUGAAAGCAGGGCCAGCAAUAGCACGGAUGGAGGAGACAUACACAAUCGACGAUUUGGCAUUUAAUGUCCCUGGCCUUUCUAUUGACUCCUUUAUUCCUCCAGAAGAAGUGCAAAAAGACUAUCCCCAAGAAAAUCUGGAUUGGAGAUCUCCGUUACAUGGAUAAUAUUUUAUACAAUGAAUGGUUUUAACUUCUUUUUAUUGACCUAGAUUAAUUUACUCUGUUAUGGGUGUGUAUGCAAAUAUUCAUAUGCACUCAAGUGCUUGAUGAAGUGAUGAUAGUCUUUUUUCCAUGGCUAUAACAUGUGUGCAAUAUUUCUUCUUUCAU